UGAGAAUGUCGAGCUGAUUUUAUAUAUGUGAUGCCAGGAGAGAAGGACGGCUGAUAGUUAAAAACCUUGACUUUACAGCGUGCGGAUAUUCAUGAUGUAAAGCGAGAACAGUAGAUAAUUCAGGGGCGGAAAAGUGAUUUUAAACCGAUCGAAACUGUAAGAACCUGUGCUAGGGUUUCUGAUUGAGACCAAGGUGCUCCCAGAGCUUCCUCAAAACUGCAGGAUUAAACAGAAGGUUGCCAGAUUAAGGUGACGUCACGUUGUGUAUUGUUAUCCUAAUUGGUGUAUCAUUGACUUGAGUGACGCGUGACGUCACCUGUCAAUACACUUAAUGAGUUGACAGAUAUGUGAAAGGUGCACAAUGGAAUGAAGGUGUGAGAGACGCAUUGACAGCUAAGGUGGACUGGUGUUUAAUUGGCCUCCUGCACUCCUGGGCAAAAUCAGUGGACUGGCACAGAUUCACAUCAGACCCGUCGCUGCCUACGAACUGACAACACGUAUGUGGAGAGCGCGGAUCACUGGAACCCGGUACAACGAACACUACUGCGGGAGCCCACGUAUUUACUUAUGGAAGCACGGUAGCUGCUGCUGAACUACGCCGUCGAUCCAUUUAUCCGAAGUAAGUGAAUGUCACGACUUAAUCCCCCCCAUUCAGGAAACUAGCUAAGCCUCUUUGCUCGGUACAGUUUCUUCACAAACACGCUAGCCGGACUAGAAACGGGCUGCCAAAAGAAGAGGGAGGACUUGGUCGGCGGUUCUCACGAAGUCUGAAGGGGUCAGAUUGAGGGAAAUCAGCGGAAAAUUUAACCAGCUCGUCUUCCACUACGCCAGCAACACGGAAAAUAAAAUCCAGUAAGUAAAAGUGCCAGUGCUUCCUUCUGCCUCUAGAGAGCACACUGUGUGUGUGUAUAUAUAUAUACUGUUUGUUUGUCCAUCGCACACGUUUUCCAAUAUGGACUGGGGACUAACAUUGUGUGGUGUGGUAUGGCUGACAGUUGCCCUCGUCUCACAGACUGUGUAUGCUGGGGGUGGCGAGGAGAGAACUUGCCAGGAAAUAACCAUCCCUAUGUGCAAGGGCAUCGGAUAUAACUUCACGUACAUGCCCAACCAGUUCAACCACGAUUCACAAGAGGAGGCCGGACUUGAAGUUCAUCAGUUUUGGCCUUUGGUCGAGAUUCAGUGCUCACCGGACUUGAAGUUUUUCUUGUGUAGUAUGUACGCGCCGAUCUGUAUAAAAAACUACAACAAGCCCCUACCGGUGUGUAGAUCUGUAUGUGAGAGGGCCAAGGCAGGCUGCGCACCGCUCAUGAGACAAUACGGCUUUGCAUGGCCAGAAAGAAUGAAAUGUGAAGAUCUUCCUGUUUUUGGGGACAAGGAAAACUUAUGCAUGGACUCAAACACAACAGAGAAAAGCACACAGACCCCCAAGCCCAAGAACACCGUAACCGAGCGCCCAGCACCCAAACCAACCAAGAGUAUUGCCAGAGAUUGCCGCUGUCGUUGCCGUGCACCAAUGAUUCACAUUACCGACGACAGUAACACUUACUAUAAUCUCCUUACAACUGGAGGCAGCCCCAAUUGUGCCAUGAACUGCCAUGGGGCCUACUUUAGCCAGGACGAAAAGACGUUCGCAUCGUUUUGGAUCGGAUUAUGGUCCAUUCUUUGCUGUGUUUCCACUGCAAUGACUGUUAGUACUUUCCUCAUUGACAUGGAGAGGUUUAAGUACCCUGAAAGACCCAUUAUAUUCCUGAGCGCAUGUUACCUGAUGGUCAGCAUAGGAUAUAUAAUUCGACUUAUUAUGGGACAUGAUGCUGUGGCUUGUGAAAAAAACGUGAUAAGAUAUGAAACUACGGGACCGGCUGCUUGCACGGUCGUAUUUUUGCUCAUUUAUUUCUUUGGAAUGGCGUCGUCUAUCUGGUGGGUCAUCUUGUCCUUCACCUGGUUUUUAUCCGCUGGACUAAAGUGGGGACAAGAAGCAAUACAAAGUUACUCUCAAUACUUUCACCUAGCCGCCUGGCUGAUACCGUCAGUAAAGAGCAUAGCCGUACUAGCCCUCUCUGCCGUGGAUGGCGACCCAGUCGCCGGAAUAUGCUACGUCGGCAGCCAGAAUCUUGACAAUCUCCGCGGCUUCGUACUGGCGCCGCUUUUCGCCUAUCUCAUCCUGGGGACAACCUUCCUUCUCGCUGGCUUUGUGUCUUUGUUCAGAAUUCGAAGUGUCAUCAAACAACAGGGUGGACAAAAAACUGACAAACUGGAAAAAUUAAUGAUUCGUAUAGGAGUGUUUUCAGUUCUUUACACUGUCCCCGCAACUAUUGUUAUAGCAUGCUAUUUUUACGAACAGCAUUUCAAAGAGCGCUGGGAGAGAGCGCAUAACUGUCCAUGUCAUUCUGAUAAUGUUAAGCCUGACUAUUCUGUGUAUAUGUUGAAAUAUUUCAUGUGCUUAGUUGUGGGAAUAACGUCGGGCUUUUGGAUUUGGAGUGGAAAAACAUUAGGAAGCUGGAAAAGAUUUUAUGCAAGACUGUUCAAUAGGAAUUCACAGACGGACCAAUCACGGGCAAAAUUUGUGAACGUUGGUUACGCGCAAAACAAGCAGUUACCCCUAAGUCAUGUGUAGAUCUGACAAGUGCGAAAGAGCUUAUUUAUUUAAUCUUUUUACGGAACAGAGCCAAAGCUCUCCAGUUAAAUACUCAUAAUGGUUCAAUACACUGAUCUUAAAGUUAUUUAAGUCUUCAAAAGACAGCUUCGACGUCAACUUUAUGUACUGAAAGUCUGCCUUCAUCCCAAGACACUGAAAAAAAAAAUAAGAAGACGACGUUAUCUUCAUGUUCGUAUAAUGCAAUAGAAAGUGCAAUAAUUAUAUAAAAUAGGGUCGAAGGCAGAUUUUAAGAUAUACAACGUAUUGUCAAUUAAGGCCGGUCUGACUGGUUUAUUAAGCUUUGUUAAUGAGGUGGGACAUAGUUGUCCUACCUAGGUCCAAUUAGAAUGAAUACAAAUUGCUACGUGCUACAAACAGCUACUCUCCAGGUAGCUUAUGUUAAGACCACCUGCGCUCAUUGUUAGCGUCGCUACUCAGACUCUUUUGAAAGUUAUCAACGAAAUUUUUGUGCACAAAUUGAUGUUCUUGUCAAAAUGUGAUCUGACUAUUUUGUAAAAAUGUUCUGACCAAUUUUAAGACAUAAUUUGACGACUGUUGAUGACAAUUUCAUGUAAACAUUGACAAGAAAUAGGCCUUUGUUUUUUGUCCGUUGAAAAUAGUGAAAUGUGAAUUUAAACAAAGGCGUUGACCUAGCUCCAUUGCUUCCACAUUUAGUUGAGACGACCACGAAAUUUAUACUUUGACUUUCAUCAAUAUAAUAAACUGAGCAGUUAGGUCAUGCCUGGUAUUAGUGGGUAUUAAAAAUGAGCCCGCGGGCAAAGUUUGUUGAUUCAUACACAAAAGGUUGGUUAAUAACCGGUGACACGGCAGUGUUUAUUUGGCCACUAUUUGCAAGCAAAUGCUCUCGGCAAAUACCAAGUUUAAAUAUAUAAAUAUACGUGGUCUUUACUUGGCUAUAUUUGUGUAAGGUAGAGGUCGGUUUUUGAUGGCAAGAGAUACACUUAACUUGUACACAUGCCAGUUUUCUUUGUUAACCGAUUCAUUUGUUAUACGCACGGUGGCAGCACUUUUAACUGAUUUUGUUAUAAAAAUCACAAGCAUUGGUAUUUCGUUUAUUGUUGAAUGGUUCUUCAUUUGUGCUCUCUAUGCUUCUUACAAAUGUACGUUCUCAUAGCUACACAGAGUCAUUUUAGCAAGGUUAAAAAUCAAACGUUCAUGCAGUCACAGGUAUUCUGUAUUGUAAUAGCAGUUGUAGUCUUUUUUGUAUCUAUGUUCAUGAGGCCUAAUGCGAAGCAGUAUUGUUAUAAAUUAAAUUUGUAUUUUAUCAACUAAA